CGGCGAAUUGGUUUUCUCAAAUAAACAAAAAAGUCAUUUCAAUCAUUUCUAUUUACAUAAAAAUAAAGUUUUCUUUUCCCUUUAAUUUAAUAAUAUAAAAUCUAAACUAUGUCGUCAAAUAAAAUAAAUGAUCAAUGUUUGCAACGUAACAUCGAUAGCCUUCUGUCUUCAACAGAAAAUUCACCCAAACGACACAAAAAACGUAAGAAGCAUCGUCACCGUCAAUCACUCCCGAGUGACGAAGAAUGCAUCGAUGUAACCUCCGAUAUUCCAACUACUUCCAUCCGCAUUGUAAAUCGUGAUCACACAGAAAAACACCGACAUUCAACUCCAAAUACAUCAAAGCUGUCAGUGACACCGCCUUCACUUAAAUCAGUUCCCGCUGGAAAGAAACGCAAAAAAGGCAAAGACAGUGGAACGUCCAGCGAUGAGGAACGCUGGCUAGAUGCAAUUGAGUCUGGCAAACUCGAAGAAGUCGAUGAUGAGUUGAAGAAAAUCAAAGAUCCCAAACUAAUGACGGCCAGGCAGCGUGCAAUGUAUGAACGAAGCACUGACAAAGAACCAAGUCCCGGCGGAGAGAUUCUAAUGUCAUUGCCAACUGGUUACAAGGAGAAGGUGAUGACUGCCGAAGCUAUAGAAAAGGCACUUCUCAAAUCACAAAAACGCAAACAACUCGCCGAUGAGAAGCGGGAGAAGGACAAAAAGAAGACAAUGGAAAGAUUGCUGAAGAAACAGGAGACCAAACAACGUUCGCAAGGAAAGAACAAAGCUGUUAAGACUCAGGAGCCAGUUAUAACUUACCAUAACACUUAUGAAGGUGCGACAGUAUCGUUGCCACCAGAUUUUGAGUUUCCUUUGAAGCCACAAGUGGUUAAGGAUCCGCCAAAACCGAUUCUCUGUGGAAUCCCAGGUUGCUCCAAUCUGAAGAUAUACAACUGCUCCAAGACAAAUCUGCCACUUUGCAGUUUCGUUUGCUAUAGGAAGAAUGUAGCUGCUGUUAAGGAAAUUAUGUGUUAGGUUUUAAGGGAAUAUAAUUGUAAAAGAAUAUGUUUUUUGGAAGGAAUAUGAAAGUCUUUUAAUAAAAUGUUAGUCUUUUUCA